AUGGCCAACUACCUCGCGUCUAUCUUCGGUACCGAGCAGGACAAGGUCAACUGCUCCUUCUACUACAAGAUCGGCGCAUGCCGACACGGCGACCGCUGCUCUCGCAAACACGUCAAGCCCUCCUACUCGCAGACUGUCCUCAUGCCGAACAUGUACCAGAACCCGGCCUACGACCCCAAGAACAAGAUGAACCCUAGCCAGCUGCAGAACCACUUCGACGCCUUCUACGAGGACGUGUGGUGUGAGAUGUGCAAAUAUGGUGAACUUGAGGAAUUGGUCGUUUGCGACAACAACAAUGACCAUCUGAUCGGAAACGUCUACGCUCGAUUCAAAUACGAAGAAGACGCACAGGUAGCAUGCGAUACCCUGAACUCACGCUGGUACGCCGCAAGACCUAUAUACUGCGAGUUAUCGCCCGUCACAGAUUUUCGAGAAGCGUGUUGUCGUCUGAAUAGCGGCGAGGGAUGUGUGCGAGGCGGGUUCUGCAAUUUCAUCCAUCGCAAGGAUCCGUCCGCAGAGCUCGAUAAAGAUAUGCGACUGAGCACAAAGAAGUGGUUGAAGGAGCGUGGCCGUGACCCGCGGAGCGCUACUCGGAGCCCGAGUCCCGAGCCCACUCGGCGAAGGGGUUAA